UUUAGGUUUCGUAUUCGAAGGGUUGAUUUUAUGUCUAAUGAUAUGGAUUUGAUAGAUGAUGGUACCUACAAGGGUAAACCUACUUCAUUAUGCUCAUCAUCAUUACUAAGUGAUAAUUCACCAGUGGUUGUUGAUAAGGAUGAUUCGAUUGAUGGGAAUAUAUGUAUGCAAUUAAAAUGGGAUUCAUUACAUUUAAAUGAGAAUUCGUAUUUGGAAUAUGGUGAGCUAGAUGGUACUAAUGAAGUUACAUUGGGUAACAUGCCAGAUUUGGUAAUGCAAAGCAUUUUCGAGUCUUUCAAUCUUCGUGAUCGUUGUGUAGCAUCCCAGGUAUGCAAACGUUGGUACUAUCUAUUGACUUGCAGGUUUCCGAUGGAAGAUGUAACAGUUCUCAAUAUUUUCCAACAUCAAAUAUACAAAGAUAAAAUUAGUAAUAACAAAAAUAUUGGAUUGAAAUGUUAUCAUAUCGAUAAAGAUAGCUAUUUAUUAAUUGCCUUGAAACAUUGUCGAAUAAUAAGUAGCGUCAAAAUAUGGUUUGCUGAUGCUACCUUUGCUGGCAAAGUGUUGAAAAAGUUGAAACAAGCUAAAAUUCGUAUGAGAUGUCUGGAUCUUUAUCCAUACAAUACUGAAAAAGCAUUAGAACAAGCAUUCAGUUCAUUUCCCGAUCUUACGGGUAUGACAAUGCGACCACAUGGUCAAGAAUUUUUCUGGUCUGGAUUGGAUAUGUAUUCGUUUCCGAAAUUUACCAAAAUGGACACACUUAUGUUGGAUGGAUUUAAUAUCAAACCGGAAGUUUUUCUACCAGAAAGUCUUACAACAUUGGAAUGGCUUAAUAGGAGUGGAAAAUUUCUGCGUAUAAUGCCAAAACUGCGGUAUUUGGUGAAUUUGGAAUAUUUGAUGUUAGGACAUGCGGAAUUUUUGGACGCACAAGAAUUUGAUUCAUUCCUUCAAGUGAUCAGCUCAGAAAAUUUACCAAAAUUACAAUAUCUUAUAUUUCGAUAUUGCAAAAUUGAUUCACAUCGCCAAACUGUUAUAAUUCGAUCAUCAGAUAACGAUGAUGAUGAUGAUAAUGGUGAUGAGCGUGAACUGCGAAACGAUACGUCAGAACGUGUAUGCGAACUCGACAUCAAACUUAAUUCACUUCAAAUGAUUAAAUUAGAUUUAUGUUAUACUGAUCUUGGCUUUGUUAUUCGACGUAUUAUCUCAUUCACAGGUUCAGCGAUGCGGGUAGUAUCAUUAAAUGUUAUCAGUGAAGAAACUAAUUAUGAACGAAUCUAUGAUUUAUCAUCAUUAAUAGCUGCAAGAAAAUUAACGCUACAUUUUGGUAUACUUCAAAAGGAUACGAGAACCGAGCGAAGAGAUGAAGUGUUAAAUUCAAUGAAAUUACCGCCUGCAUCAUUUGGUACGGUAUUGGGACGAUUUGAAGCAUCAUUUCUUACCGAUGAAACACUUCUACGAAAUUUAUUACUAACACAUCCUUUACCACGUUUAACAGAUGUGAAAUUUAUUCAAGUAUCAGCUGUUUCUCCUGCAAUUCUCUUGCAUCUCUCCUUGAUGGCUCCACGUUUGCGGAAGUUAUCACUUAUAAACUGUAGCGAAGAGAAAUUGCAUAUUGGCGUUUUAAAUUUCAUUACCAGUUUUCCAAGCAGGAUAUCAAAAUCGCUUCAGAUAAUUUGGAAACGAAAAUGUAAUCGGCCACAAUCAUUUUAUGACGUUUUAAUUAACGAGCACUGGGAUUUAAUUAAAGACUUUGAAAUUCGUGUUAUUCCGAAAAAAUUCGCUGCAAACAAAGUGGGCGAGAAGAUUAUAAUGUGGGAAAUGGAAACGAAGAAAACAUUAUAUCUACAGGAUUUUGAUAUCAACGAUCAGGGUCGAAUACUGGGUAUUGUGAUGCCACCUGAUUGUGAUAUUGGUUCUUAUGAUUCUGAAUUUCUAGGAAACAAUGAAAGUACUUCUAGCGUUUAUUUAUAAAUAAUUCCCC